UUUCAAAAUGACGGUUUGGUCUUUUGUUGAGCCUAGAUUUUAUAAGUAAGUGAGGAACAUUCAGCAAAAUUCGAUUGGUCAUUAAUGCAAGAAAGUUCUGCAAUGGCGAAACCUUGCGCUGGUUUCGAUUUUUUUUGGCUGCUACUGCUUUGGGUAAUGGUCACUUUUGCCUUUGGCCAUCAAUGUAAUCCAUUCCAUAAAACCAUGUACGUUGCGGAAAAUCGUGCACUACAAGGGUUUGCGUACGCACGUAUGCGUGUACGCUCUCGUGCCAUCUGCGGACGGGACUGUCGCAUGGAUGAACGUUGCAAGUCUUUUAACUUCAACGACAACAAAAUGUGCGAGUUGAACCUUGCCACAAGACGAGAGCAUCCUGGAAACUUUACUGCAACCCCAGGGAGUGUUUACUAUGAUGAAGAUGAGCACACACCUCGAUACUCGGUGAAUGCCACUAAUGACUUCACAGAUACCGGUCCUUGCAAUUCUAACCCUUGUAAAAACGGAGGAACGUGCAGGGAGCAAUUGGGCAACCAGGGCUCUUUUCGUUGCGAAUGUGCACCCGGUUUCAAAGGAACAUGCUGUGAGGACAAACCUUCUGACUGUCGUGAGUUAUAUUCUCGUGGUAUCCGCCAGAAUGCUGUGUACACCAUCUACCCGUUGACGUUUUCUGACGGCCUGGAGGUCUAUUGUGAUAUGGAAUUCGCACUCGGCGGGACGCCCCUCCUCAACUCAACGGGCGAAACUUCUCUACCUACGACAUGGACAAUGAUGAGGAUACCAAUUCUAAUUGUGCAGCUGAGCUGAAGGGAGGCUGGUGGCUCGACACAUGCAAUGGUACCUCCGGUGCUCCGUACGGCCUUAAUGGGGAAUAUCAACCAUGGUCAAAUGAUCGUGGUAUAGUUUGGGCUGGAUGGGAAGGCCAUCGAAUAGUCAAAUGUGAAAUGAAGAUGCGUUUGCACUUAUUAAACUAAUCGGAGACAAACAGUAGAAACAAUUUACCAGGACCUAAUAAUAAGUCUCAGAGCAUAAGCGUAUUGUUAAAUUUUCUCAGCCUUUAAAGCGACAGCGUAUUUUAUUGGUACAAAGAACUGCUUUUAUUCAUCCAAAUUGUAAUUUCUCUCCGGUUUAAACUGCUUCGGUGUCACUCAGUCACCCGUUUCACUUUAGUUUGGGCAGGUGGCCAGCUUCGUGCUGUGCGUACACCGUCCACUUUGGAGAGUAUUUUGAAUUCGCUCUCGUUUCCUGUCAUAUAAAGCAAGAUAUGGGACGGAGAGCACCCCCACCU